UCAUACCACGGGAACGCAUUCGCACACAGUUGUGUUGACGUCGGACAAAAGACAGAAGUAGCCAAUGGGUGCCACUCGUCACCCUUACAUCAGUUCUAAAGAAGGCCUUUAACAAGAAAGAAGGACCAAGUAAGUUAGCCAUAAUGUUUGGCAAUUUGAAGAGCAAGCUUGGAGAUGUGACAGAUUUGAAGAAGUUGUCAUCACCUCAGGCACUAACUUCAGCAGCUGGUGGCUCUCGGCAGCGUUCUUCACAGCACACGCCAGGAUCCCUUACACCCAGAUCUCGACAUUCUCGACAGGCAUCCACUGCAUCACUACAGGGACUUGGCUUGCCUAUAUCACCACCACAUUCUCCAUCAGAUCAAAAUGGUUCUUUAAAUGUUCAUGAUCGGACACAAGAACUUGAGCGCGAAAUCUUAAAAUUAAGAUCUACUUUAGAAACACAACAAGAUGUGGCAUUAGAACGACUGAAUACAAAAGAGCAGGAAUGGAAAGCAAAAUUACAAGAGGAACGUGAUAAAUUGAGUGUGAUAAUGGGUGACUUGGAAGCUGCAUCAGAGCGGGAAAAGAGACUCCAAGAGCAGUUAGAAAAUAAUACUGCCAACAAAAAACUCUCAAUGACACAGCUUAGUGAAGCUCAAGGAAGAAUUAAAGGUUUAGAGAAAAAGGUUUGCGAAUUGCAAGAUGAUUUGGAUCAAAUGGAAGGAUUAAACACUCAAGAGGUUGCAAAAAUCAAACAUAUGCUGCUGAACACAAACAGUGAACUAGAAGAAACAAAGGCAGAACUUAAACAGAAGACAGAUACCCUCAUCGCUACUGAGUCCAGAUUGAACAUGGUAGACACACUAGAGGAACGAAUCAGAGCUCUUAGUGAAGAUAAAACUUCUUUAGAGGGACAGGUGACCAGCCUUUCUCACAAGCUCAAUGCACUUUCUGUUCGGUACACAUCCCUGGAAGAAACUAAGUCUGAGGAAUUGAGCCACCUCCAGAACAGAGUCAUCACAUUAGAGCAGAGACAUUCACAGACCAAUCUACAAGAAACAGAGAAAGUGCAGGCCUUGAUCAAGGAGAGAGAAUGUAUGGAGCACCAGCUGGAGGAAGCACGACAACAGCUUACCAACAUAAAAGCUUCAUGGAGUGAAAAGAUUACAACCCUGGAGAAUCAGAUUCAAAACCUUAAUUCAAAGAUUGCAGAGGAUCAGAUGGAUCUGCAGAAAGCAGAAAAGGAAAAUCAUUUACUCACAUUAGAAUUAAGUGCCUUGAAGGACAAAAAUACAAUCUUAGUGUUGGAAAACUCAGAAUUGGACAAGAAAUUAUCAAGUGAAAUCCACCAACAAAAGGAAGAUCUUGAAACCUUGCAGUGGCAACUCACCAAUACCACAGCUGAGAAGAGUGAACAAAUAACAAUUCUCUCAGGAAAACUUAAAGAAGAGGAAAAACUUCACAGGAGUGUAAAAGGAAGCUUGCUAAACCUGGAAAUUAAGAACAGUAGUAUAGAGUCAGAGCUUGCAGGUGUUAAAGAUACUUUAGCUGCUACUCAAGCAGAUGUGCUAGUUGCACAAAACAAUAAUAAAACCCUCCAAGAAGCACUGCAACAAGAGAGAGCAGCAGUCCAGAACCUAGAAAAGAGCUUAUCAGAUAGCCAGUCUAAAUUAGAAACAGUAACUGGAGAGAAACUUAGAUUAUCUCAAAAUCUUGAUGACUAUGUAGAAAAAGUAGCUGCCUUAGAAGAAACUGCAAGGAAAUUAGAAGAGGAAAAGAAAGUGACAUCCUUGGAAGUUUCAAAGUUAAAGGAAGAUCUAAGAGAUGUACAACAGGAGUGUGUGGAUUUGAGAGAAAAACUAAGUUGCUCAGAGAAGGAUCUUGUGCUCAAGAUAGAGGAAUCACAGCUGGUUAUUGACCUUCGGCAAAGCAUCAAAAAUUAUGAAAAUGAACUUGGAGAAAAAAGACAGGCACUCAAGAUACAAGGACAGAGGCUGGCUGACAUGAAGAAGACCAUCCAGAGAGAGUUGCGGCUUUCAGCAGAUACAAUGGAUUCAGCUGUUGAUUCAAAUCUAGAGAUAAGACCACAAGCUGCAUCUCCAACAUUACCUGCUAUCCCUGCAAGUAUACAUUCAACAGGAGCCACUGCAAAUAAUGGUAGUGAUGAAGAUAAUGGCGUAAACAAAACCUACUUGAAGCAUGUCAUCAUCAAGUACCUAACAUCUAGGGAAUAUGAGGCAGUACAUUUAACAAGAGCAGUGGCCACGCUUUUGCACAUGACCCCAGAUGAGGAAACCCUUCUGAGGGAAACUCUAGAGUGGAAGAUGUCCUGGUUUGGAUCAAAACCAAAUUUGGGGAAAGGUCAGAAAUCUUUGACAAUUCCUCCAUCAAACUGACACAUAAUGUGGUGGCUAUAGCAGAACUUUACCCUAGAAAUCUUUGUGAUAAUGUACAUGAUGCAUUUUGGGAGGUUGACCAGAUUACAACUUUUAUUGACAGUUGACACAAAAGACGAAAAGUAUUCAAGCUUAUUUUUAUUUAUUUGGCAGAUAUCACAUUAUUUACUUGUUUUAUGAGACUGCAAUAAUCCCAUUUAUUUAUUAAUUGAUACUUAUCUAGAAAUGUAUAUAGUGAAUAGGAAAGUAAAAACAAUACUUAAAGCCAUAAGAUAUUAUUCUGCCAGACUAUUUUGGGCCUUUUAAAAAGUAGAUAUUUUGAUCAAGGGAAAUAUGAGUUUUAAAACACAUCUGUACUAGAAGCAAGAAUAUUUAUCAGUGGCAUGAACAGAACAAGAAAUACUUUAUUUUGCUUUAGUUAAAAGUUGAAUAAGAAAAAUGAAUGGCUACAAGUAAAUAUAAUUAAUUAACCCUUUGCUGACGGGCAUGGCAUGUACGUACAUGCCAUGCCCACUGUGAGUUUACUUGUUUAAUUGUUUUGAUGCAUAG